AUGGGACAGGCCUCUAGUCAUCUUUUUGCAGUCGAGUUCGACACAGUAAAGAACUUUGAAUUUAGGGAUAUCAGGAACAAUGACGUUGGUUUAGUUCUCAACGACCUUUGGUCCAUGAACUCUACGGCUGCAGGCUACUGGAACAACAUCAGCCAAUUCCAGGAAUUACAUCUCAACAGCAGACAGAAUAUUCAAGCUUGUAUUUAUUAUGACAAUCUUCAAAACGAGCUCAAAAUCACCAUUGCUGAGGCUGGUAAUGAUCGCCCACAGAAACCAUUGAUAUAUAUGAGAAAUAUAUCUCUGUCCAACAUUGUAGAAGAAGAAAUGUACGUUGGUUUCUCAGCAGCUACGAGACUCAUUUUUGAAGAGAAUUACAUCCUGGCCUGGAAAUUUGCUACAAACGGAACCGCGCCGCCCGUGAAUACAUCUAAUUUUCCUUCUUUUACACACACAAAAGCCAAGAGCUCAAACUCUGGACAGAUAGCUGGCAUUAGCACAGCUUGCAUCGUUCUCAUUCUCCUGGCGGUGGCAGCAUCAGUUGUACGGAUCAAGAGAAAUCGAUACACAGAAGUUAUCGAAGAAUGGGAAAUGGAGUAUUGGCCUUACAGGUUUAAGUACAAAGACCUACAUAUUGCAACCAAGGGCUUUCGAGAGAACUUUUGGGGUCCGGAGGCUUUGGUCGGGCGGGCGAAGCAGCUCUUCAUAGUUUAUGACUACAUGCCAAAUGGGAGCCUUGACAAGAUGAUAUUUAAAAAGCCAAAGAAGGUACUCGAAUGGAGUCACAGGUACAGAGUGAUCAGAGAUGUCGCUGCAGGUUUGUUGUAUCUUCACGAAGAAUGGGAGCAAUGCGUAGUACACAGAGACAUUAAGUCUGCCAAUGUUUUGCUAGACUCAGAGAUGAAUGGGAAGCUUGGGGAUUUCGGGUUUUCCCGUCUGUACGAGCAUAACGAAAACUCACAGGCUACUCGUGUGGUUGGAACAUUGGGGAAACCUGUCGAUAUUUCCCUCGAAUCUGAUCUAAUAGUUUUGUUAGACUGGGUGAGAAAGUUGCAUGCAAUAGGCAGUCUCAUGGAUGCAGCCAACCCAAAUCUUCUUGGACAAUAUGUUGAAGUUGAGACGGAGAGAGUACUCAAACUGGGGCUAAUCUGUUCCAAUCCUCGGCCAGAAUGCAGGCCUGGCAUGAAACAAGUUUUACAAAUACUUGACGAAGAAGAUCCAAUACCAGGCUUCAACUUUCUGUCUUAUUUGGAUACGACUGUACCGGAGAGCACUUGGAACUCUUCUCCACGUUACUGUAGUAGCUCAGAUGCUUCCAUUUCCAAGUCAAACUAG